ACUUCUCGUUUAAUCCAAAAUGGUGAAGUAUGAAGUGGCUGUUACCACCUCAAGUCUUUUACAGGCCACCACGACAAACAAUAUCUUCAUCAAGCUGGUGGGCACAGAUGGAGAGAGGAAACGCACGUGGCUCAAAAGCAUCAGAGGGACCGCCAAAUUCUACCUGGGAGCAGUGUCUACAUUCUCUGUGUCGUGCCCCACCUCUCUUGGAAAGCUGGUGCUGAUUGAGGUCGAUAAAAAACCUCUCCCAUUGUUCCCAGAAGACGCCUGGUUUCCCAACAAGGUGGAGGUGAGUUCCCCGGAGGGAGACGACUACAACUUUCCCAUUUACCGCUGGAUUGCUGACAGCGGGGUGCACCUGUUCAGAGAGGGAACAGGUCUGUGA